UCAUGUUAAGAAAUAAAUGGAAGAAUAAUUUCCGUAUGUUUUUCAUUGAUCUCAUACACAUAUAUAUACAUGAAUAGAUGAUUUAUACAUGGAAAGAAAGAUAAUGUAGAUUUACAAAAAUUAUGUAACUGUCAAAUUGCUGAUUUGGUGGGAUUGCUGAAAUUGUGGGAUGUGGUAUCUUGGUGCUGUAAUAAAUCAGUUGAUCCAAACAGUCUCUGAGCAGUCUCCAUGAUCAAUCAGUUUGAUCGACUUCCCAAAUUCUUGCAGUUAGAGAAGCCCAUGAUCUUCUGCUAUUAAUCCUUUUGGUUAACUCAGUAAUUAAACCUCAUAAAUCACAAUAUGCAGCGGUUGGAAUUUGCUUUUGAGAGUCUUCUCCUCUCCCUGAUCAUUUCACCUGCUCUAUAAGUAGAGACGCAUACCCGAGCAUUCCCAUAUCCCUGCAGACCCAGAUAAUUUCCAUGGCUGGCCGAAGUAUGUUUGUGUUGCUACCCCUUGGCAUUGGAAUAUGUCUAUUGGCGAUGACCCUCGUAACUGCAGCGAGGGAAGUCCCCAUUAAGCCUGGACACAUGCUCGCAGCGAGGCUUGAAACAAGCGAAGGCCUAAUCCCUUGCUGGAAGGCGCUCGUGGAGGUCAAAUCCUGCUCAAACGAGAUCGUCAUCUUCUUCCUCAAUGGCCAGACCACAAUCGGUCCAGACUGUUGCCGUGCCAUUUCUAUCAUAACCCAUAAUUGUUGGCCUGCCAUGCUUACUUCCAUCGGUUUUACAGCCGAGGAAGGCAAUAUUCUACGAGGCUAUUGUGAUGCAGCUGCAGCUGCAGCUGCAGCGCCCUCAGCUGCUGCUGCCGCCGCUCCUUCCUGAUCUGGGACACAAGUACUACUGCGUCGGGCCUAGUCCUCCAGCUAUUUGUCCGAUUUUAGUUUACACUAGUUAUGUCUGGUAUUUCUAAGUGUGUCUUGCUUUGUGUUGGUUUGUUUUCCAUGUAAUCACUUGCU